AUGCGGUCCACAUGGGGACUCGUCCCAACAAUAAAGAAAGGAAAAGAUCGGAAAGGGAUAAGGAUCGAGACAAAAAUGUUUUUGCAAAUGAAAAAUGAUAUUGAUACUGCAAGUGCUUCAAACAAGGAUAUUAGCAUGACAACAUGCUCAAAUAUUGAAAAUAGGAUUGAUAAGGCAAAUGCUUCAAAUAUUCUGAACGAUCUGGCAGAUCUAGCAUAG